AUAUUAUAAUUAUUGCUUUUUAAUAUUAUUAUAUAAUAAUGAAUAACCCAUCUUAUUCGAAUGGUAUUUAUAGUGAUAUUCAAACGUUAUUCUCACUAGUGAGGAGGUCGAUCCCGCGAACACCACUCAGUCCAAAAACCAGUAUUUAAAUGAGAUACCGAACACAUCUGAAUCUGGUUCGAGUCCGCCAGUGCUUACUGCUUGGCACCCUGGCACUCGGCAGUCGGCCCAGCCACCGAGUUUGAGAUAAGCUGUUCGGUAUCAUAAAUAUUUACUAACUAACGAUACAGUUAUCGUAUAAUUUCGAAACAGUAUAAUAGUCAUUUUUUGUUUUUAAAUAAAACUGCUUCGCCGCCGUUUGCGAUGGACCAACGAUCCACAGCUGUAUCGACCGAGCUGAUUUCAACGAAAAUCAAAGUCAAAGAUUUCGAGAUAAACUACUAUAAGGUUGGAAACGGACCACAGAAAUUGUUGUUAUUUCCUGGAGUACUAGGUCAAAUUAGCGAUUUUACACCGCUCACGGAAAACCUAGACGGAAAAAAAUACACGAUUUACAUAUGUGAUCCUAUCGGCUACGGUUCUAAUCGACCGCCAAACAGAGAUUUUUCACCAGGAUUCUUGGACCGUGACGCUGACUAUGCCAUUGCGCUUAUGGAGACGUUGGGCAUCGACAGGUACUCGAUGUUGGGCUGGUGCAACGGCGGGUGCACCGCCAUGAUCGCAGCGACCAGAGCCGCCGACCGGGUGGACAAGCUGGUGGUGUGGAGCUGCAACGCGUACGUCACCGGCAAAGACCUCGACUUCUACGAGACGACGCGCAACGUCAGCGACUGGCCGGCCGGAAGGAGACUUCCGCAGUUCGGAUUUUACGGCGAGAAGUACGUGUCGGACACUUGGUCCGGGUGGAUAGACGCGUUCCGGAAAAUUCUCGACGAGCACGACGGCGACGUGUGCCGCAGCGCUCUGGCCAAGAUUGACGCGCCAACGCUCAUCAUGCACGGGGCAAAGGACGAGUUCGUACCGCUCGAGCACGGCGUAUAUCUGCACGAAAACAUCAAGCGCUCGACACUUGAAAUAUUUCCUGAUGGCCGGCAUAUCUUACAAUUUACAUAUACUGAAAAGUUUAUUUCAACAGUGGAUAACUUUCUUACUACUAGAGCAUAGGUGACGACAAUCACUUUUCAUACAUUUAAAAGCUAUAAAUAUGAAUAACUUAAUAUUUAUAAAAUGUAUUAAGUGGUAGGCCUUGACACUUAAUACAUUUUAUAACUUAUAAUUAUACAAGUUAAUUGUGAAAUUACUUAACUAUUAUGCAAAUCUAAACAGAUUUGUUUGACCCAACAAAACAAUAAUAAAAAGCCAUGAUUAAAUGAUAAUAACAUUUUAUUUUCAAUUGGAAUGUCAUAGUUGUAUUUUUAAUUUAGAGAUCA